ACAAAGGGGCCGUCCCCGGGGGAGCGAAAACGGAUCGGAACCGGGCUCUGGCUGGCUUCGGAGCGCUGGAAGGGGAGUGAAGCCACCUCCCCGGGAGGAAGGGUUGGGCGGACAGCGAAACCGGUUUCCAGCGUUGGAAGAAGGGGAAAGAAGAAACAAGAGGAGGAGUUUGGAGUCCGGUUCUGAUUCGGUGCCAACUCUCUUUCUCUCUGCCCCUUUGCAAGAGGAGGCAAGAUCUCGAUCCGUUUUGCACGUGGUUUCGGGCAAGGGAAAGGAAGAGCAGAAGGGGGGGAGACUCGUCCGUGCUCCUUGGCCAGUUCGGUGACUCCUGAGAUUCGGUCCUGGUCCGGUUCGGGACAGGCAAGGAGGAGGACGCGCUUUCCCUCUGGUUUCCCAUUGAAAAAAACCCUGAGCCGAGGAAGCGAGAAAAGAAAGCCGACCCGAUUCUGGUGCCGGUUCGGUUCUGAAGACCCACUAGGAGGGGCGGACGAUCCGAUUUCGGAUAGCACGUGGCGCCGGUUCGGGAAAAGGAAAGAUCUCCCCGUACAAGCCCAGGAACAAAACCAGAAAGCGGAGCCACUCCUUUCCCCCUCCUUUCUCCCGCUCCUCCUUUCUCUUCUUUCUUUCUUUCUUUCUUUGGCGCUCCGGUUCCGAUCCGGUUCGCAUGGCGGCCCCUUGCAGCCCGGAGAGCGGCCCGGCGGCCACAGGGGGGACGGGGCCCCGGGUAUAUUUCCAAAGCCCCCCAGCGGGAGAAACGGGCGCGGAGGAAGAGGAGGGCCCGGUGCGGCGCCAGGGCAGAGUGACUGUGAAAUACGAUCGCAAAGAGCUCCGUAAGAGGCUCCACUUGGAGGAAUGGAUCCUGGAACAGCUGACGGUGCUCUACGACUGCCAGGAAGAAGAGAUCCCAGAGUUAGAAAUUGAUGUGGAUGAAUUGCUGGACAUGGAAAGUGACGAAGCUCGCAGCGCCAGGGUGAAGGAACUCCUGGUUGACUGUUACAAGCCCACAGAGGUAUUUGUAGCAGACUUGUUAGAUAAGAUCCGUGGGAUGCAGAAAUUAAGCACUCCGCAGAAGAAGUGAAUUGAGAAUAGGGAUCUUCUACCACUGCGCCUCCUCCCUUCCACGUGGAGGUUGUUAUUGAAACUCUGCUCUUUGAGGGGGGAGGGUACUCUCACGACGGACCGGGAGGCUGGUGGAGAAUCAGUUAUUGCCCCCCUAUGAAAGAGAGGGGAGACUCUCUUUUUUGGGGAUGCUUUGAUAAUCAAAACCAUCUGGACACCUUUUUUAGCAAUAUCAACCUGUACCUAAUGUUCUUCCCUCCGGUUGUGUGUUUGGGAGAGGAGGGAGAGUAUACACCGUGUGAGGUGGGAGAGAGGAGACGGGGGGGGGGGAAGAGGGUAGGAUCUUGAAUUUUUUUUUAGAAUGUUUGAGGUUUUUUUUUAAUUGUGUUUUUAUAUAAAUUUAAUAAAGAUGCUUUGAGAAGAA